AUGUCUGAACCGAAUACACCUCUGCAUGCCCAACCGAAUGAACAGCUGGACCUGAAUAACCUGAACGAUCUGGAUGAAAAAGACAUUGAUGAUUUGAACUUGGACCCAAACUCUGACAUAGAGGCAACUGCAGAUUUCGACGUUGUCGCGAAUUCGAACAUUAACGAUACCGUCUGGCAAUGUACUUCCAAUAAGAAAAGGAAAUAUCAUACGCCAGAAUUCAAUGAUGUUUAUAGUAAAGCCAACAACGCAAUCAAUGACGUAACCAUGCUUGACGAUGUUGACGAUUUUCAGCCCAGAAUCAACGUAUCUUCGCCAUUCUCAUCCACCACAAAACUGAAUGAAUUAUUGCCCAAUGACCACGGUGAAAUUUCGCAUCCAAGAAGAUUAUCAAUGUCUCAACAAUCCAAGUUUAUUUCCUAUGUUGAUGAUCAACUUCUGCAAAUUCAAAGAAAAUUUGUUCAAUCCAGGGGGUUGAACAUCAAAAACGGUUACGCCAGUCUUACUCCGCUAUUAAAAGAUUUAAAAACCUUGGUGGACUUCAUCUGGUAUUCUAUCGCCCAUGUCCCCAACUCCGACUAUUUACUUCAGUCAGAACAGAAGAGACGUAGUCCCGAUACCCGAAGCUCUGACAAUUUAUCUGAAUAUUCCAGUUACUUCGGGCAAGGGUCUUAUUUGAUUAAAAUUGCAGACGAUCUCAUCGAUUAUGUAGAAAAGUUCACAUUCAAAAAUAUGGAAGAUUCAAAGACCAAUGACACUUUAUCCAAGUUAUUUAAACUGUUUUUCAUCCUUGACAAGAUAUUCGUAAUCUUAAUCGAUAAUAGCAGCAGCAAACAAGCUUCUGCAACAGCUUCAACCAAUAGGAAAUUAGCAGGGUUGAAUGGAACUGAUAUUGUUAGAUUGAAAGGUAUCGCAGAACGAACAAGAGUCCGUUUACCCAUCUUUUUAGAAUCUCAAGGUGUCCAUGGCUAUCAUUAUGAACUAUGCAAAGUUUACGAGGGUUUUCUAGAUAGCGCUAACUCAAUCUAA